AUGUGUGCCGGAGGGCUCGGGGUGGCGGUGGGGAGGGAGAGAGGAAAUCUGGAACCCAUAAGCUCCAGAGCCGCUGGCGUUCCCCUGCAUUGGUCUGCGCCUGGUCCGCCCCCGCCCCGCUCGCCCUAUCAGCAGGAGCCGUUCCCGAAGUCAUCCCAGCGCCCUCCUCUCCUGGCCCAAAGGAGAAGCCAAGGAGCUCCUUGGAGGGCUCUGCGGGCUUGGGGCGCCCGGGGAGCCCCGGGGGCGAAUGCUCCGGGCCUGGCCUCGGGAGCCCAGGGAGCCGAGGAGAUGAAGGAGGAGAACCUGUCCCCGGACUCCCCCGAGGGCAGCGCGGCCACCAGCGAGGACGAGGCCGAGCGGCUGCCCAGGAAAAGCGGGCGCAAGCGGGGGCAAGGCCCCGGCGGAGCCCCCUCGCCGCAGGGCAAGCGCAGCCGGCGCAGCCCGGGCCCGCAGCCCCCCGAGGACGCCCACGCCCAGCGCGUCAUCGCCAACGUGCGGGAGCGCCAGCGCACCCAGUCCCUCAACGACGCCUUCGCCGAGCUGCGCAAGAUCAUCCCCACGCUGCCCUCGGACAAGCUCAGCAAGAUCCAGACGCUCAAGUUGGCCGCUCGCUACAUCGACUUCUUGUGCCAGGUGCUGCAGAGCGACGAGCUGGACCACAAGGUCGCCACCAGCUGCAACUUCCUGGCCCACGAGAGGCUCAGCUACGCCUUCUCCGUCUGGAGGAUGGAGGGCGCCUGGUCCAUGUCGGCGUCCCACUGAGCCGGGUCUCCGCCUCGAUGGAAGCAGCUCCAGCACCCAAAACCCCACAGAAACCUCCCCGGAGAGAGGAGGGAACGACCCCCAAACCCCCUGACAGCCCCGGGGACCCCAAAAACUGUAGGACUGUGCCCGAGGGAGCCGCAGCAGGAGCUGGUUGGAGCUGGAGGAACUCGGGGCUGUAAUUUAUCGCGGGCUCGCAGGUAAGGAACCAUCCCGAUUUCCUCCUCCGGGACUGCCGGGACGCCGAGCCCUUCCCGGAGCUGCCUCCAGCCGGGACCACCAGGAAAAUUCCUUCAGGAUGAGGGGAAAGGGAAGGGCUGGAGCCCCUCAGGAGCCCUCCAAGGACCUCGGGGGUCCCCCGCUUUUAUCCCGCUCCGAAGGCUCCACGUUCCCAUGGAUGAGGAUUCGGGGGGAUCUGGGGGCUGCUGACCCCCCCAAGGCACCCCCAGCCACUCCUGCCCCGCGGAUGGGGCCUCAGGAGGAGCUCCCAAUCCCUUGGGAUUUAUCGGGAACCCAGGAAUGCCCUGCUGGGAGCUCCCAAUCCCUUGGGAUUUAUCAGGAACCCUGGAAUGCCCUGAUGGAAGCUCCCAAUCCUUUGGGAUUUAUUGGGAACCCAGGAACGCUCUGCUGGGAGCUCCCAAUCCCUUGGGAUUUAUCGGGAACCCAGGAACGCUCUGAUGGGAGCUCCCAAUCCCUUGGGAUUUAUCGGGAACCCAGGAACGCCCUGCUGGGAGCUCCCAAUCCCUUGGGAUUUAUCAGGAACCCAAGAACGCUCUGCUGGGAGCUCCCAAUCCCUUGGGAUUUAUCGGGAAUCGAGGCUGGAGACGGAGCCGCCGGGAAUGGGGGAUUUUGGGGCUUUGUUGGGAACUCUGAGCGGGUUUGGGCUCUUUUGGGGGCGCGGAGAGGGUGGGGAAGGGACCAUGGAGGUGUUGGGGUAACCAAAACAACCCCAAUAAAGCCCAAGGGGAAUUUUCCAGGGUUCAAUCCUUGUUUCUCCUAUGGACAUAGUGCUGCCUCUGCACCUCCCUCAGCUGGGCUGCUUUUAUUGGAAUCAGGCAAAAAAAAAAAAAAAAAUCAGUUUUUUUGUGCCUGUUAUGGCAGAAAAAGAAAGGGAAAAAUCCCUUCCAGGGAGGCUGCAACAGGCCUGAGCACCCAAAUAUUCCAUGCGAGAGGAAUUCCUGCUGUGAUCAGAUUUGGGAUGCACCAGAGAAUCCACGGAGGAACCACAGGAAAGCCCAGACUGACUUUUUCUACCCAAUUCUCAAUUUUUAUGUGCAGUGGGAGUUGAUUCUCUGCACCGGGGAGUUGACUGCAGCCUUCAAAAAAAUCUGGAGGUGCUUAAAAAAAACCAAAAUUCUGUUAAAAACGGGGCUGUGGUGGCUUCGUUCGGUGCCUCAUGGGAAGCUGAGAAACAAAACUGGCAUCAGAAGUUAAAAUCUUCUUACAAAAAAUAAUCAAUUGUGUUUGAAAAAUAAAAAAUAAAGGGCAAAAACUUAUCUGUGGAGUGAGACUCCAGCUUCCAAACAAAUUUUUUUUCAAAAAGGUGAAAUAUAUUUUUAAAAAAAUA